UCAUGUUGCACUCGUCGACAGUAUUCUGUUCUUACCAGAAACGAUGUCCUUACAAACGUUCCGACUGUGUCUCUGUUUCGGACUACUGGCGACGCUGUUCCAAUCAGUGAACUGCCUCAAAUGUAUGUACUGCAAAAGUGACCUUCACGAGGAAGCGUGCGAUGCCGUUGGCAAGCGGAUUACCUGCACCGAGGACAACGCCUACGAACACUUUCGUUAUUUGCAGCGACUGAACAAGGAUUUGGUGGAACCGCGCCGUAACGAAGGCUAUGCCUGUAUGAAAAUUAAAGUCGGCAACCACCGGCUGGUGAAGGGAUGCAUCUACUCCAAUCUACCGAUGUGUGGAGUUUUCCGAAAGCGAGCCAAACCCUGCUCAACCUGCAUCGAUGACGAUUGCAACACAGUGAAGUAUCGCGAUUUCUAUUUGAACUAGUUUGUGCCUAGCUGCUGAUCCGAUCCAAAUCAUUCAUAUGCAAAUACAUGCGGAUGCCUGAGGAAGUGACAUCAA